AUUGGCUGUGCGCAGCGUCGCUCAGAGGAAUGACGACUUUUUUUCCGCUGCUGUAGAAAUCUGAUGCUGAGGAGAUGAACACGGAGCCCCUGAUGGACUGUGGACAGCACGGACUCCCCCGUAAUCGCUGUGAUGCCUGCAGAUCAUCCACCCAAAGUCGGAGGACUAUUUGAUCGUGUCACGACGCACUGCCCGUUUUUUGGUGCUCGACACUCCACAUGAUGCUCCCUCUUCAUCCCACAUCAUCGUUUUCACGGGAAUGAUGCUGUGUGCUCCACAGACCGAACUCCAUCACCUCCUCACAGGCGACACACCACAUCUGCAGAUUCCUCCCUGGUGGCAGCACCCUGCAUCCUUAAGCAUGCCUGUGUGGACAUUUGGACAAAAGACCCUCAUAGAGUUGUAGAAGUCGACUCAAUCCUAAACCAACCAAAUUAUACUCGUAAAACUCAAGACAUAUUAAGAAACCAGAGAGAAACAGAGACUCGAGGAUACUCUGGAGAAGCGUUGAAGCUCACGGACUGUUGUGGAAGUGGAGAGAAGAUGACAUGGAAGAAGCUGGGUCUGAUUCUCCUGGAGCCUGAGGUUCACUCCGUCCACCGAAGAUCUCCUCACUAAGACUCAAGCAGACCAUUUCACCUGCUGAACAAGAGAGCUGCUCUCGGUGAUGUGAUGAAUAAGUUUGAAGUCCUUGGCAUUGUGGGAGAAGGAGCGUAUGGAGUGGUGCUUAAGUGCAGGCAUAAGGAAACAAAUGAGCUGGUGGCCAUUAAGAAGUUCAAAGACAGUGAGGAAAAUGAGGAGGUUAAGGAGACGACUCUUCGGGAGCUGAAGAUGCUGCGCACGCUGAAGCAGGACAACAUCGUUGAGCUGAAGGAGGCUUUUCGCAGGAGGGGGAAGCUCUACCUUGUCUUUGAAUAUGUCGAGAGGAACAUGCUGGAACUGCUGGAAGAAUUUCCUAAUGGGGCAUUACCAGAUAAGGUUCGCAGCUACAUCUACCAGCUUAUCAAAGCCAUCAACUGGUGUCACAAAAAUGAGAUAGUGCACAGAGAUAUCAAGCCAGAAAACCUCCUCAUCAGUUCAGAUGACGUUCUCAAACUUUGCGACUUUGGAUUUGCGCGUAACUUGUCUGAAGGGACAGAUGCCAACUACACCGAGUAUGUUGCCACGAGGUGGUACCGCUCUCCAGAGCUGCUGCUGGGGGCUCCCUAUGGGAAGGCGGUGGACAUGUGGUCGGUGGGGUGUAUCCUCGGAGAGCUGAGUGAUGGACAGCCCCUGUUUCCAGGGGAAAGUGAGAUUGAUCAGCUCUUCACCAUUCAAAAGGUUUUGGGGCCACUUCCUGCAGAGCAGAUGAAACUCUUCUACAAUAACCCUCGGUUCCACGGCAUUAGGUUUCCCUCAGUUACUCAUCCUCAGACUUUGGAGAGAAGGUACCAAGGGAUUAUGAAUGGCCUGUUGUUAGAUUUGAUGAAGAAUCUGCUGCUGCUAAACCCAACUGAGCGUUAUCUGACGGAGCAAAGCCUGAACCACCCAGUCUUCCAGCCUCUGAGGCAGGCAGAGCGAGAGAGAACUUCUCUUUCAUCUCCAAACCCACCGUGCUCCUCCAAGAGGAAAACACACCAUCACGGGGAAAACACAGUUCCUACAAGGAGUCACAGCAAGAGCUCAAGUCGUCACUCCAACAGCAAAGAAUGUUCCAGCCUCCCUCGCCAUGGCGACCUUCAUCACCUCAGCAAUGAGAGCUUUCUGAAUGGAAACAAGCCAGCUCCGUCCAGUUUAAGUCCAACACUUCACCCCAAGGGCCAGUACUUGUCCCAGACCCUAAAUCGGUCUGUGUCGUCCAGCAAAGACCUCGCCAACAACAACCUGCCACACCUGCUCAGUCCCAAAGAAGCAAAAAACAAGACAGAGUUUGAUUUCAACUUGGGGCCCUCACCAAAGUUGUCGGAUCCGGGACAUGGGGGGAAAUAUGGCCACGGCAAACCAAGUUCCUCUCGCUCGCAGCAACAACAGCAACAGCAGCAACAGCAGCAGCAGCCGCCACUCCCCAGCCGCCAUAACUUUCUGGAAAAUAAAACCAACACAUUACAGUCUGGAGCAGAGAAACAGCACGGACGCCAUGCCCACAGUAUGGCGGAUUCUGCUCACGGAUCCAUGUCCUCAUCCUCUAAAAGUUCUGCCUCCUAUCUCAGCCUGUCCAAAAGCCACAAUGCUUUGAGCGACGCCAAAUCCGUAGGGAACCUGAGCGACGGCCGGCUUCACGCGGAUGACCCAAACUCCAACACAGUUGCAGGUGUGGGGCCAAGUGCAAGAUUCUUCCCCACCAGCUGUUUGGACCUCAACUCAACUCAACCCCCAGGACCCCCUGGCAGCCCCUCUGCUCGACACAGUGACCGAGCUGGCCACAGCCCUGCUUCUCGGAGCAGCGGAAAUGUUCGCAUGGAGAGCAGCACGCUCGACUCUUCAUCCAGACACAAAUCCAGACAUAAAUCGUUAGCACCAGACAGUGCUGGAGCUCCAGACCUUCUGGAUGCAGGAGGAGCAGGGAUGCCCGUCACUCACACUCUGCCUUCUCCACACGAGUCCUAUCACUACGGCCUGGGCUAUACCUCCCCCUUCUCCUCUCAGCAAAGACCUCAGCGCCACUCCAUGUAUGUGAGAAGGGAACGUCACCGACCACACGGGAUUGAAAGCAACAUGGCCGGCUUGCCCCCUCCUGGGCAGGCUAUACCGACGAGAGCCAGCAGCCUGCAGCUGCUCUCCCCGCAGCUGCAGCACCGCACCACCCUGACUGGACAUUCUGUGAGCUCUUCAAGAGAGGACUGCACUGAAGACCUUAGCAGGAGUGAGCAGCCCCCUAAAGACAUGAGCCACCCUUGUGCCCCGAUCAAAGACUCUGCGAGGGACAACACUGCUGCUUUUCAUACACAGCUGUCUAAAAAUGAGGUCAGCAUGUAUCACGACCCUCAUGAGGAUGGAGGGUCGUCCAAAGAGAAUCGAAUGAUCUUCACUGAGUCCAUGCCUCGGAGAGUGGGCAGUUUCUAUCGAGUCCCCUCUCCCAGACCGGAUAACUCCUCUUCUUUCCACGAAGGUGUCAGUCAGGGUCGAGGACAAGUCGUGCCCGUUGUACCCGGUGACCCAGUUGCCAUGGCAAACCACUCCAAACGUCAGACAGCUUUUGACUGGACGGCUGCAGAAGCGAUGGUCAUGAAUCCUCCAGAGCCCACUAAGGAGAAGGAAAAGCAAGGCUUCUUCAGAGCCAUCAAAAAGAAAAAGAAGAAGGCUCAAAUAACAGACAUGGAGGACAGGAGGAACCCCAACAUCAAGAAAAGCCUCUUCCCCCUUUUUAGCUCUAAGAAUAGCUUAAAGCACAACUCAGCUGUCAAAGUCCUCCCUGUAGUCGCCUCGCCUAUGGUACAACACCAGCCUCCCGCGCCCUACCCUUCCUCACCAGUGACUGGAAAUGGACAAGAACAUUUGUCUUUGCAGAGAAGCUCAAAAUCAUCGUCGCACCACAACAGCCGACGGAAAAACCGCGAGCGCUCCCGUGACCGAGACCGGGACCGAGAACAGAGCCGGGACCGAGACCGAGAUCGGGACCGGGAGAGAGAGAGGGAGCGGGAGAGGGAACGAGAGCGAGAAAGGGAGAGGGGGAGGGAGAGGGAGAGAGUCAGCGACUGGGCCCCAGAGAAGCAAGUGGAGUCUCACUCCCAGAGCCAACCCCUCAAGUCACUUCGCAGACUCCUCCAUCUCUCCCCUUCAUCCUCAAAUCAAGGACAAAACCCUCCUCCCCCUCCACCAGACCUGCGCUUCCAGGGCCCCCUCCCUAACCCACCUCAGCCUUCCUCUAAAACGGGCUACCUUGAAAGUCGGGGGCAUGGAGAGAGCAGGGGCCACUCAGGGGUGAGCAGCUCCAGCCAGGCCAAGAACCGCAAGCCUAGCUACCCCCUCCCCGGGCAGAUAGAGUCCAGCUGGCAUGUUUCUGCUCUGCAGCGGGCAGAGGGGGCUCAGUUCACAGCCGAGCAGCUCGGCAUCAAACCAGGGCAGAACGGACCCACCUUUACCCGAGCGACGCGCACCAGGAUGCCAAACCUCAACGACCUGAAGGAGACAGCCCUGUAAAAACCACCAAUUAGACCACCUCCAGCCUAACAGCAUUAUGGGAGCUGCUGGAAGCAGACAUCAUGGUUACUAAGACACAGGAAAGCGCUUCAGGAGAUCUCAUUUGAAAAGUGUACUUUUCUGUUCAUUGUCAUGUCUAUAACACCUGAGGCGACUGAACAUGACAGACCAACGCCAAUAACAGUGUCAUUUUAGGAAAUACAUACAGGAAGUGGUCAUACCCCUUCAGACACUGCCUACAUGAUCUCUUUGCUGCCAUCCUCUGCUUAGAGAGCGCUACUGCAACUCUCAACAUGCCAAUGUCGCACAAGUGGCAAACGGACUCAAAUGUUUUUCAAGCUCUGAUAUUUGAUAACAAAAAAAGAAAGAUUUAUAUCUACAUUAUUUAUUAAAUAUUUAUUUGUUUUAAAUUCAAGGAUAUAAGCUAUAAAUUACUUAGGUUUAAGGGAAUACUAUAUGGUAAUCUAGGAAGAAAUGACUGUAAUUGCAAGAGCUUUAGUUUCAAAAACAAAGAAAUGCAUAGAUAUUUAUGUGUUGAUAAUAGAAUAUGUCACAAAGAAUAUUUAAUAAUGGUGAAUGUUCUUUUUUGUUAAGUAUGAUGCUAUUAACAGAUAUUUAUGUUAUGUUUUUACCAUUUUUCUGUUGAUAUUUUUGGUCGAAAUGUAAACAUUUAUAUACAAAUAUAUGAAUAUACGCUAAUGAAUACAGAAAAUCUUUGACGGUGCGUUUCAUACCAGAUUGCCCAUCAACUUCAUCAGUUUGCGAGGUUUAGAAUAAAGUUGGGCAACUUGUGAACAGGGUUAGGUAGCAGAUCAGCCUGAGUGAGACUGUUAGAACCUGUGCGGUACGCGUCCCGUCUCUCUUGAGGUGCCAUCUGCUCAUUUCUUGCUUUUUAUCUUUUUAUUUACUUAUUUUUUCCAGGAACCACUGCAUCCAAGCUUCAUACUGCCAUGUUGGUUUAUCUGCAGCCUUAACAGAAAGUGACAUUCUUCUUUUCCCAUGUUAGCCUUAGCGAGAAAAUAGCCUCAUGAUUGAAAAAUAAUGUAACUUUUAAGAGUUUUUAAGGGUAAAAAAAAUUGUUAUGCACAAAUGUUACUGUAAGAACUCAAAAAAGAAGUCUGGUUAUUAUAUUAUGUUUUUAUCAUCAAUUUUGUCUUCUAAAGCAUAGUCUGUGGAGCCAAUAAAUAAAACAAUAGCAGAUUUAACUAAAACCUAAUUCAAUUUUUUUACAGAUUGAAGUGAGCAUGGAUUUUUGUGGGAAAACACUUGAGCCACGUUUCCACUGAGCAGUCUGGUACUGUAAGGCGUAGUACGGUACGGUCCAGUUAGUUCUGGUGAGCAUUUCCACUCAGUUAAGCCAAUCUUCCACUGAGCAGUUUGUUUUCACGCCGCAUGCCUUGUGUAGACUGCUAGCGUGUCCUUACGUCAUUGUAGUGUGACCACAAGAAAAGUAACAACAAUGGAGCUCAUCCAGCACCUCAUCUUUUUCUUGCUUUACUUCUGGUACAUCGUGUAUAACAGGAAUGAAUUGUUGUUUGAAAGAAGAUGGGCGGCUAAGAAGAAUACUGCCGUAAAGAGGAAAACAGAGACGCUAGCUUAGCUCUAUAGCUAGCUUUCUAAUAUCGUCAUCACUUUCUGCUAAUCAAGAGGUGGCUACAGCGGCUACACCCCAACUGUCUCGUUCUAUUUUUCUAUAGACCAACAACAGAUGGGGUACGGUUCGGUACUGUUUAUUGGGUCCAUUUUAAAAUGGAAACAUUAAAAAUACUGGACCGGACCGCUCAGUGGAAAUGAGGCUUCAGCAUUCAGACUGUUUCUGUUUACUUUAUUUUCAAAUUCAGCGUUCAGAAAUGAAGUUGAUGAGGUCCUCCAGCAAGUUAUCAAGCUGCAGAGGCUUUGUAAAGUCAGGGAUACAAAAGGAAGUGACAGGAGGCCAAGUCAUGCCAAUAAAAUAUGAAUUUGUUUUAUCGAGCUAUCAAAUGAAUGUAUCAAAGUAAAAAUUACACUUCAAUUAAAUUCAGUGUGCAAGAAGUAUGACAAAACAUGUUCAUACUCAGAAUGAUUAAAUGAAAAAGGAUAAUAGUUACGACACGCAAUGCUUCACACUCAAUGCUUUGGUUUUUUUUCUUUUGUUUAAUCGUUGCUAAAUGUAAAAACGAUAUGAUUAUCUCCAGACUUUUCCUAACAGACAUGUUUACAUCUAUUUCAUACAUCUUUAAAGUUUACAUUUUUCUCCUUUUAUGCCUUCUUUGUACAUUAGUCUUUUGUUUCCAGUUUGCAUUCAUUAUCAGGGAAGAUUUUUAUUCUUUCUAAGAGCAUUUCAUUAUUUAUUGAAUGAUUAAGGAAAAUAAGAUGGCUGGUAUUCAACAGUAUUUUGGGCAGUUGAGACAAAGAAGACAAAAAUAUUUUUGCUUUUUUCACAUUUCUUUAGGUUUAAAAAUAUAAAUUUGUUAGUUGGUUGUGGAAUUGAGUGAAAGAGAAAAUCUUUAUGGGCUUAAAGUGAAGUUUUGUUUGCCUCCACUGAUUAUACUGAUAAGAUAAGAUUAUAUUAGAGUCAAAUAUGGCAUAGAGAAAGGUUUCUUGAUUAAGAACUUAAUUUCAGAACAUAUUUCUACAAUAUAUAUUUUAUUUUUUUAACGUAUCCCUAAGGACGACCUUGUGAAACUCAAGACUGUACAUUUUCCACCAUCAAUGCUCAUAUCUUCCGUGGACAGAGCGAUGACAAAGCUUGCCUUGCCAGAGACCUGAAGCCUUACAUGAACAGACGUAACACUUCAUAUGGAAACGGAGGCUUCGAACCCAAAGCGUGUUACACACUCAGAGAGACCAGAAGACGAAACUCUUGUCCAUGAAUAUGAAUGUGUUUGCAAAAACAUUUCCUUUCUUUUUUUUAUUUUCAUCAUUACGCUUCUGACGGGAUGUAAAUAGAAACAAUAGAGUGUAUCUAUACUGAUCAUUUACCUUUAAAUAAAAUAGGGCCUCAUAAUAAACGCCAACUGUACAUUUUUGAA